AUGAACGAUAUCUACGCAAAGCGCUUGGCUCAGAUGUCCAUGUUUCACCAAGUAAUGCGCAGCCACGGCACUCUCUGGGCGGCGACGCAGGUGACAAAGGAGAAGCUCAAUUUGGCGUUUGUGAAGGAGGAGAUGAUGCGCGUUAAUGGUCGCCGUGCGAUGCCGCUUCUCGUCGGUGCGGCCGCAAAUGAGAAUCUGAACGAUACCCACCUUGCUCACCUAACAGAGCAUUGUGCAUGGACGGAGUCCGCUCGCGCCUUCGCCGUGCAGCGGCAGACCCCGCUGACGCAGCACAUCGCAUCCAUGGGGCGCAUGGCAGAGACCAUCACGCAGGCCAAGACCGCGUCGACGAGUCAACUUCUGUUCAAUGAACACUUGGCCCGCAUUGACGGGAUUAGCGAGUUCGAGGAGGAGCCCAUCAUGGAGGACGAAGAUGACGGUUGA